GGUCAAGCCUAUUGAUUAUUGAAUAUACAAAAUAAAGAAGCUAAAACAUGUUGAAUUAUUCAAAAAUCAAACAAAACUUUAAUAGUAGUCUAUAUGUUUAGUCAUACAUUCACAGCCAAUGCCAAUACCCAUAUUAAUUUCCUUCCCUCUUCUCACCCCUUUGACCCAUAUUGGCCGGCUCAUGUCUUCACUAUACAAAACCUGUAUCCACCAUCCCCACCAUUAAAGAAACAGCAACCUCCUCCACCUCUAUCUAUCUGACAAUUCAAAGACUCACUUUCUUGCUUUUUCCCUUAUUUUCUAUCUCAGAUAUUGGUUAACUAUUACUUUCUUGAAUCUUGAUCAUGAUCUCUACCAACAUAAUUCUUGCUUUCUUCUCUCUCUUUAUCGGAUUUCUCUUCUUUCGGUUUUUAUCAAAAACAUCUUUUCUGCAAAUUCUUGUGAAGUAUUUACAAUCUUUUGAAGACUAUUUUCAUGUCUAUCAAUUCUUUACAGUUCCACAGUACAAUGAACAUUUCCAAGAAAAUCUUCUCUACAACAAGGUAUCUUCCUACCUAACCUCCUUACCCGCAAUUGAAGAUUCAGAUUUCACUAAUCUCUUUUCAGGCUCCAAAUCUAAUGAGAUAAUCCUCCGUCUCGACGCUAAACAAGUUAUUCAAGAUAAUUUUCUUAGUGCUAGAGUAUGGUGGAUUAACCAGAAAUCUGAAAAUGAUGGAAAAAGAACAUUUGUGCUGAAACUAAGGAAGAAAGAUAAGCGCAGAAUUCUACGGCCUUACUUGCAGCAUAUCCUUUCUCAAGCCGAUGAAAUUGAACAGCGAAAGAAAGAGAUUAAAUUGUAUAUGAAUGUAGAGAAUGAGCCUCAAGAAAAUGGACGGUGGAUGUCUGUUCCUUUUACACAUCCGUCCACCAUGGAUACGGUGGUUAUGGAAGCUGACUUAAAAAAUAAAGUCAAAACUGAUCUUGAAUCUUUCUUGAAGUCCAAACAGUAUUAUCAUAGGCUUGGGCGUGUUUGGAAACGGAGCUAUCUUCUUUAUGGACCUUCCGGCACCGGUAAAUCAAGUUUUAUAGCUGCAAUGGCUAAGUUUCUCAAUUAUGAUGUGUAUGAUAUUGACAUUUCAAAGGUUUGUGAUGAUUCUGAAUUGAAAAUGCUUUUAUUGCAAACGACAAGUCGUUCAAUGAUUGUUAUAGAGGAUCUUGACAGAUUCUUGAUGGAGAAAUCAAAAGCAGCCGUAAGCUUAUCUGGGCUGUUGAAUUUUAUGGAUGGGAUUAUUUCUUGUUGUGGAGAAGAAAGAGUUAUGGUUUUUACUAUGAAUAGUAAAGAUCAAGUUGUAGAACAAGCAAUAAUGAGGCCAGGAAGGAUUGAUGUUCAUGUAAAUUUCCCUUUAUGUGAUUUCUCUGCAUUUAAGAGUUUGGCUAACAAUUACUUGGGAGUUAAGGAACAUAAGCUUUUCCCUCAGGUGGAAGAAAUUUUCCAUUCUGGAGGAGUAAGUGUAAGCGCAGCAGAAAUUGGGGAAAUUAUGAUUUCUAACAGGAAUUCGCCGAGUCGAGCUCUGAAAUCGGUCAUUUCAGCUCUGCAAACGAAUAAUAAUAGGAGGUUGAGUGAGAGUAGAUCGGUCCGGUCCGGCGAUGAAACAGGGGAACAGCCUGAAGGAGGUGUGUAUUGCAGAGAAAGUGUGCAUACAGUAAGAGAGUUCAGAAAACUGUAUGGACUGUUGAAAAUGGGAAGUAGAAGAAAGGAAGAGCCAAUAGAGUUGGGCUCAGUAGAUAAGGAAGGAUCUAGGCAUGGAGCUUAAUUAAAGUCCAAAGCAACUUACUAUUUUUUUUCAUAUCAAAUGUUCAAUUAGUUAGGACAUAGAAUUUUGCAACUUUGACAUUUCUUUGUGUAAAAAUAUAUCACUGCAAUUUGUUAUGUUAGUUAAUUUUAAUGUAACAUCAAAACAAACUAUAAUACAGUUAGAUUUUUCUUUUUUCUC